GAAAUAAUGCGAAUUUGUGAUAUCACUGGUGAUAAAAAAUUAACAAAAGAAGAAUUUGUUGCCGGUUGUAAAAAUGAUCCGGUUAUCCGCCGUUUAUUGGUGCCAAAUGCAUAGGUUUCUGAUUUCCUAGAAACACAGAUCUCAAAUGAUGAUGGCACUCGGUGAACGUUUUUUAUUUCUUCCUCCGUGUAUAUAAUGUGUGAACGAGCACUACUUUCGAUUACACAUACAUUUAUAUUUUUGAAACAGAGCUAGAGAAUUCCAUUUCUUUCUUUUUUUCCUCUCUGAUAUAUUGGUAUUUGGAUAAAAUCAGAAAAGAUCUCGGAAAAUUAACAGAAUGGGAAGGAAAUAAAGACAGAAAAGAUCUCGGAAAAAUGUCCAUUAAGCAUUUAUGCAUAAAAGAUCUCGGAAAAUGAUAUUUAUUUUUUUAUUCUGCAGAAAAGAUCUUGGAAAAAUAAAUUUAUCUAUUUAUGCAGAAAAGAUCUCGGAAUAAUGAAUAGUCGAGAAGAAAAACAUGUGCAUAAAGCACAGUAUUAUGAAGUCAUAACAUUUUCAACUUCAUUUUCAACCACAUUUUCAACUUCAUUUGAAUGGUUACAAAAGAUUGAUAAAUCUCAAAUUGCACAACUGAAUCCAUUCACUUUCGUUGUGCCAUCCAAUGAUUCAAAAAUAAAUGUAUCCACAUGGGUUCAGCAAUUAAAUUCAGCAGACUGGCAAUCAUUUGAUGAAUUCGUUCGCUGGUUAUCAUCAGCCCGUUUGCUCAAUUGCUCACGUUUUUACCACCAUGGUUUUGUUUGUGUAGAUAUGGUCUCAAAGAAUACUCAUGUAUACAUGCAAUUCGUUUAAUGAUGAUGUGGGGCACAAGGCCUGUCCCACAACUUAUUGGUAAACGUAGAGGAAGAGGACGUCCAAAAAAAAUAAAAUUAGCAUUACAACAAGAAUAG